AUGAGACCAAACAAUCAAAAAAAUCCUAAAGUCAAAAAAGUGACAAUGCUCUCUCUUCUAUCCACAUUCUGUAUUUCCAGAGGUGGCAAGUUUGUUACUGAACUUACAUCACAAACAUGGAAGAAACUCGUCGAGAAACGCAAUAACAGAACAGUUUGGAUCGUAGACUUCCAGGCUGGUUAUUGCCCAGCAUGCCGUCAAGCAGCUCCAUACUUUGCAGAAGCUGCUGAACAAUCUCACGGAAUGGUCCGUUUCGGUUCUCUUGAUACACAGAAAUACAGCGAUAUCGCAGCACCAUUUGGAAUUCGCUAUAUCCCAACAUUUAUCAUCUUCUAUCCAGAUGGCUACAAAGUCUACAAUGGUGAGCGUUCAACACGCGGCUUUUGCAAUGCAGCUGCCAAAUACAUUCCAAAUAAUUCAAACGAAAUCGACGAAACAUGGGCCGAAAGAUCCGAUAAGGAAGCCAUCCUAUUUACAAACAAGGGCCAGGUUCCACCAAUGUGGGCUGCUAUUUCCAACAGCUUCUACGAUAACCAGGAUGGAAUCAAAAUCGGCCAUGCUCUCAACUCAGAAAAGAAAGACAUGUUCAAUGUUACAGCAUUCCCAACCGUCCUUGUAAGAGAUGGCAACAAAUCCCGCAUUUUCGAUGGAAAACCAAGUUUCUCAGUACUUCAGAACUUCAUCGCCAAAUUCUUUGACGGAACCCUCCCAGAAGCUACACCAAAACCAACACCAAAGCCAAAGGGACUCUACAUCGAGACAAUCGAUACAGAAGAAAAAUUCGAAAAAAUCUGCCACAAGCACAAGAACUGCGUCAUCAUGGCCGGCGAACCAGAUGAAGAAUUCAAGAAGAUUGCUACAAAAUUCCAGCACGAUCCGUUCGUUUUCGCUUCCUGUCCAGCAGGAUCUAAACUCGACUACAUCAAGAAGGGAAUUUGGGUCUACCACAGAACACAGGACAAAUGCGCUUUCGUUGAGUCAGUUGACAAGCUUAACAACGCCCUCGAUCGCAUUAUUGACGGAAGCCUUCAUUGGAGGCCAAUUGUUGAUGUCAAGAUGGAUCAGGAACUCUAA